CUGAUGACAGAAGCAGCCCAGGUGUGAGCUUCAAAAGGUGUUUGCCAUAGACUAACACACCUGAGCAGGUCGAGCUUGUGAUUGUAGGUGUGAGUCAUCAUGGGCAAUACAGUGUCCUGCUGCGUGUCCCCCAGUGGGAGCCCCAAACUACCCCGGCAGGUGGAGCGUCUGGAGGACUACCAGAACAACACAGACAUCAGCGAUGACACUGGUCCAUACCUGCAGCACAUCAGUGACCGGGAGGUGCCGGAUGAUUUGGCUUUAGAAUCCAACCCCUCAGAUCAUGCCCGCGCCAGCACCAUCUUCCUUAGCAAGUCACAGACAGAUGUACGGGAUAGGAGGAAAAGCAAUCACAUAAACCAUGUCUCACCUGGUCUGCUUUCAAAGAAGUAUAGCUCCUGUUCUACGAUAUUCAUCGAUGACAGUACUGUUAGCCAACCCAACCUGAAAAGCACAAUCAAAUGUGUCACAUUAGCAAUAUAUUAUCACAUUAAAAACAGGGACUCUGAUAGAUCAUUAGACAUCUUCGAUGAAAAAAUGCACCCCUUAUCGAGGGAGCAGGUUCCUGACGAUUACUCCCGCACAGACCCUGAACACAAACUCAUCUAUCGAUUCGUCCGGACUCUGUUUAGUGCAGCGCAGCUCACGGCGGAGUGUGCAAUCGUUACACUGGUAUAUCUGGAGAGGCUGUUGACGUACGCCGAGCUGGACAUUUGCCCAUCUAACUGGAAGAGGAUUGUUCUGGGAGCCAUCCUGCUGGCCUCUAAAGUCUGGGACGAUCAGGCCGUGUGGAACGUCGACUACUGUCAGAUCCUCAAAGACAUCACUGUGGAGGACAUGAAUGAGAUGGAAAGACAUUUUCUAGAGCUGCUGCAGUUUAACAUUAACGUACCGGCCAGCGUCUACGCCAAGUAUUACUUUGACCUGCGCUCUUUAGCAGACGACAACAACCUGAGCUUUCCUCUGGAGCCGUUGAGCAAUGAACGAGCUCAGAAAUUAGAGGCAAUCUCGAGACUGUGUGAGGAUAAGUACAAAGAUCUGAGCAGAGUGGCCAUGAGGAGAUCAUUCAGCGCAGACAACCUAGUGGGCAUCCGCCGAUCCAAUGCCGUUCUUUCAUAAAAGCUUUUUCUCGGAACAUUCGCCACUCCCAAGACGGAGCUCAACGGACAAAACUUGUUCUCUCUCCCCACCCCUCUGCCUUUGGCUGCAACGAUACGCCAGUCGAGAUAUCCCACACCUUUCCCAACCGAUGCAGAACAACAUAGAGACGACAACAAACUGAAACGGUUACUUUUGUUUGUUUUUUGCUUACUAUGUAGGCUAAUAGCUGUGAACUGUCAGUUUUUAAUUGAAAUCAUUUGCAGAUGGAGUAUUUUAAAUAAACACUAAUCAUGUAACA